AUGGGUGGGAGACCAAAGCGCGCAGAGUGUGAUCGCCCCAGCGCGAUAUCUCGCUUCUCGGGAGGAGUGACGGGGAAAAUCAUGCUCAGAUGGAAUAUAUACGGCGUGUGCAUCCGUAGGGGGCGAGUCAAAGAGGGCUCCAACUGCCCUGCGAACAUAGCCAAGAAGCUCGAACUGCUCGCCGAACGCGAACCGGUCGGCAUUGUCAAGAUGCUGGCUGCGUCGAGCGAGACGCCGGGCGGAUUGCCCGCCGUCCUCCGCGAGGCCGAGGGGCUCCGGGACCUGGAGGUCCUCGUGAAGAACCUCGGCGGGGACCUGAGCAUCAAUCUCCUCAACCAAGAGGGCGCGGAGGUGCUGGAGGCUACCAUCGGAGAGUGCAACAACGGGGACGGGAGCUUCCACCAACCCGGUGCGGAUUUGAAGACAGCGAAGAUACACCGUGCGAGUCAGGCUGCCUUGAAGGUGGCGAUGGAGGGUGGGAUGAUAGUGCUGUCUGCUCUGUCAAAGCACCUCUCCCUGGCGCCGGGCGACACCGACGCCCUCCUCAGCAUCCUCGAGGCACGUGCGGCGCUGAGAGCAGGCGGAGAGCGAGUGCUUGAGUGGCGGAAGGGCGAGCUGGACCUGAAGGGUCUCUUGGAUGAACGCACCGACGCGGAUCGGAGGGAGGCAGUGCUGGAUUUCCUCCAGAUCCUCGUCACUGCCCAGCAAGAGCCGGCGGAGUACCGGGGGGGCUUGAACGCAGCAAAGACCCAGGAGAUGGUGCAGAUGAUCGAAGACCUGAGGGGGGAGGAGUCUCUGGAUGCGGUUCUGGCCGGUUCGGAGGAGAUUGCAAAGAUGUGGGGGCCUCGCGGGUACACCGCCAAGAACCGAUCCGAUGGGGCCACUGCCGACCUGAGGCCCGAGACGAUUGCGCACCCGGCCCACCAGCGCACCGUUGCGAAGGGCAAGACCCCGUCGCGGUCGAACGUCAACAAGACUGCGGAAGAGCGGGGCUCAACCAAGUCGACGAACGAGGGCAAGGCCGACGGCGGUGAGGUUUGAUGUGUUGGUGCUGCUCCUCGGUGAGCUUGAUAUCAUCGACGACAAAAGAUCCCGGAUGACCACUGCUAUAGAAUCGCUUCGAGUUGGCGCCAACCUGGUUGAAGUCUCGCCCAUGUGUGGCCUCCAUAGCCCAAGUACCUGUAGGAAUGCGCCGAUGGAGGUAGGUGACGGCUACCACUGUCGCUGUCGUUGUCGUUGGUGGUGUUGAUGUGUAAGAUCGAUCUCGGGUGACCCCUUUUUGGAUAGCAUUGCCUUGUGCUGGCGCCAACCUUUGCGAGAUCGCCAUCCGGCCCACCUGCCCCUCCCCCCUCCGCCCCGAGGUUGAAAGAUGGGCAGAGAUCGCUCGCGGGGGUUCUGGCGAAGACCGCCAAGAAGCGCCGGAGUGACGGCGGUGGGUGUGCCGAUGGGCUGUUGGUGACACGUCUGGCCUCCUGUGUAUAGUCUCUCCCGAUUUGACCCGAGAUUAUGACACCUUCCUGAGCUGCGUCCCUGUUCAAUACUCGACCAGGUGCAGCGUCCGCGGGCGUAAAUCCUGAGGGCCGAGGGCCUCAAGGAGACAACGACUGGAAGCGGGACGAAGACCUGAUGGAGCCGUAUCGGUUUCUAGCUGGGGCCUCUGUCACUGUAGGAGACCGAAACGUCACUCUGCCUUCGAUGACUCUCCGUUGUGAGUCACAGGUUGCGGGAGACGCAAGGCCCGUUGCUUUCCUCGUCGAGACAACCGGGGUGAUCGCCGCCGAAGAGAGACAAUGUUCUCGGUGCCGGAAGUACCUCCGGGUGGUGGAAGCGGACAAAAAGACCCUGCAGACUCUCGGCAUCCAAGUGCAUUCCGCCUCAACGUCCGGACGGCGCCGGAGAGCGUCCAAGCUGCGAACCCCGUUUCCUAACCUCGGUUGUUUUCCGUAGUGUCCGGUGUGUUGGCAUGGAAUGGUGGUUGCAGGUUGUCCGACUACUCGAAGGGGCGAAAUUGCGACCUCCUGCUAGAGCGGAGCAGCGCAGUGGGCGCGAUCACGACGCGAUCCGGAGAGCACGCUUGUUAUGCUUGAAACGGGAAGGAUUUUCGAUGAGGUAGAUCCCGUGCGACACUACGUCUCUCGGCGAUCUCGGAGAGUUUAGGAUCUUGGGCCCAUGAUCAUUUCCUGGUGUGUCUGUUGGUCAUGCGACAAAGUUGUCUACGUGUCGGAUGGUAGAGAUGCUCGCGCCGAGGUUGUUUUGGGCCGAGGUCUGUUCAGUAGAAGUUCGUUUCGUGGGGACCCCGGGGUGGUGUAGCUGGCUUGGCUCGGUUGACGCCCCCUUGGUAUCAUGGAUACGGGCUGAUGUUGUGGAUGUGUCGUGCGGUGCGGUCGUGGCGAUAUGACCCUUUCCCUCCUGCCCAGUCUGAGGUUUAUAUUCUGCGGAUAUGUUCGGUGAUGUGGGGUUGCAGGCUGGGCUGACGAGUUUCGCGCGAAGAGAGCAUGUCUGUGUUGAAUUAGCACGUGAGGAAGAGGGUGCUGUGCGCAACCCGUUGGAUAGAGUGUGCAGGAUAGAUUUGAGGACAUCACCUGGAUGAUUCCGGCGACGCCUAUACCGAUGGGCUCUCCCCCCGAGGACAACGGGUGUGAAUAUAUGUGUGGUGCUCGACAAUGGAAAAGCUUUAUGCAUUGCCAAAUUUUCUUGUGACAAAGGGGUUGACAACGCGACCUACGUUGAUCGUCGUCGGUGUGUCAGGGACUUCCCGAACAGGGCAUAUUUUACAAACCCCACGCUCUGUAGAGCCGAUCCUCGACUCCCUCGACGGUCACCGUAGCGCUCUUCUUGUGAAGCGCCGGCGAACUCUGCCCGCAUGCCACCCUCACCCAUUCCCCGAAACCAAGGCCGUGUCCUUCGAACACUUUGAAGGAAAUUACAGCGUGCAUGACUUUCAAGUCACUGAACGUGUGCCGAUCGUCUCCAUUCACUGGUAACAUUUUCCUGACCCAAACAUUGGCCGAUUUGCUGAAUCGUUGGUUAAUCUCCGCGGCAGUUAGAUGAGCUGUGUCUUUGAUGCCUCGGAUCCUCUCUAGACCUUCGAAAAAUUCUUCGAACUCACACAGAAUAGGAACUACAGUCUCAACCGCGCCAGUAGAGACGACAGCUACAUGAGGGUUCCCCUCGCGCGGCGAGAAUUCGGCCGCCCCAAGGAUUUCCGGUAAACCACGACCGGACAUGAAAGACAAUGCACACACAAGUUCGAAGUAGUUUGCACGCGGGUAUUUGACGAUCGAUGACAUCAAAUCGAUUAACUCGGUUGCGUUUACCACAACCCCGCGCUCACACUUGGCGUCCAGAGCUUCCCUACGUUUUUUUCGUGGGAGGCUCUUUUCUUCCGGCGUAAGCUCGAGCCGAGAAACAAAACGUGGAAGCAGUUGCACUUUACGGAGAUGUUCGUCGACUUCGGCCAGCCCGGUAAAGGAGUCCUUCCGAGAGUAUACCUUGCGUCGUGCCGACCAUUUGGCACGAAGGUCUAACUUGGCAAACAUCAAGACGCGUCCCUCGGCCGUUUUGAGCUGCUUGAGGGGGCGUUGGCCAAUCAGCGAACUGCGUGCCACAAAUGUUUUUACUGAAAGGUCCAUGAAUGAACUAUUAUCACGGAGGACCCGAUUCGCAGGGCAUCCGUCGAUUGACUUUUGCCAGAAUCGGUCACCUUCGCAUGUGACGUCAGCUGGAUACUGGUUCGAAUCUCCUUGGGUGCACACUUUUUUUUCUGUUGAUUUGGAGAUUUUCCCGUAGACACAAUCUGUGUCAGUUCUGAGAACACCUUGGAGUCGAUCCUACAAAGAACCUUGUGACACUUCCAUCGCAUUACCCAUCCUGGCCACAAGAGGUUCCCAGUUGAGGGUAAAUUCUGU